AUGUCACUGGGAGAGCUAAGGGGCAAUGAAGGAAAAAUCCCUGCCACUGUGCAGCCACCUGGUCGUGAAAACAUCAGUGAAGUAUCCCUAAGGUCAGGGAUGGUUUACCAAAACCCUAGCCCACCUGCAGUACCUCCGAUGGGUAUACCCGGACAAAGCCAGAAUGAAGAAGGAGAGUCUAGUUCCCCUGAUCAAGCAAAAGGGAAAGACAAAGGCAAAACGAAAGUGAGAGGUGAAUCCUUAGAUGAAAGCCAAGAAGCGGAAGCAGAAAAGGUCAAACCAUAUCCAUACCGUGGAAUGGUGACCAGGAAAAGAGAUGCCACAAUUGACGUGACGAGUAUGUUCAAAGAUGUGGAGGUUAAGGUGCCACUCUUGACGGCCUUGAAGAUGCCCCCGAUUAGCAAAUUCAUCAAGGAUUACUUGGCGGCGAAGGUCAAUGAGGAGGGUAGGAUGAUUACAGAUGAGAAUGUAUCCGCAGUGAUCCAGCAGAGUGAUCUCCCUUCAAAGAAGACCGACCCGAGAAUGUUCACGCUCCCUAUUUCUAUCGGAGAUAUCCAGGUGGAGCACGCGAUGUGCGACCUCGGGGCGUCGAUUAAUGUUCUGCCAUACUUGAUUUACAAGAAGUUGGGGGAGGCCAAGCUAGUUGAUACUGAUAUAAUGAUACAGUUGGCCGAUAGAUCGUGUAUUCACCCAGAAGGAAUCUUGGAAGACGUGAUCGUGAAGAGCCGACAGCAAGAGAGUCGAGUGGACUUCAAUGGAGAGCAGUUCACGUUCAAUGUUGAUGAAGCCAUGAAACGGCCAGCAGACAGUGAGAACUUGUACUCAGUAGAUGUGACUGAGCCCUUAGUAAAGGAAUUUUUGGAGGAAGAAUUCCUACAGAGGCAGUUCACUGACUCCGCUGCUGAUGAAGAAGUCGAGAGAGAAGUUGCAGAGUGGUAUGAGACCAUGAAAAUCGGAGAAAUGGACGACCAAGCCAUCGUGAAAGCAAUGAUAGAUUUUUGUGAGCGCCCAAGACCAGCUGGGUCAAGUGGGAAAGCUCAGGUAUCCAGCCUAGAGAAGCGGCUUGAUCAAGGCAAGCCAUUGGAAAGAGAAGUGGCAGAAAAUCCUCUGCUUGAAGAAACACCAACACCAGGGAAGGAGUUGAAGCCCCUUCCAGCACAUCUAAAGUAUGCCUACCUGGGGGAGGAAGAAACAAAGCCUGUGAUCAUCAACAGUCACUUGACCCAGGGGCAGGAAAAAAGAUUGCUGGAAGUAUUGAGAAGAAAUCAGAAGGCUAUCGGUUGGAAGCUGGCAGACUUGGUGGGCAUCAGCCCAGACUUGUGCAUGCAUCAUAUCCGACUGAAAGAAGGAGCCAAACCACACCGCGACCAACAACGAAAGCUCAACCCCAACAUGAGGGAAGAGGUGCUUAAGGAAAUUGUCAAGUUGGUCUCGAUCGGAAUUAUCUACUCCAUCCCGAAAAGCAACUGGGUCAGCCCAGUGCACAUGAUGUUAGAGAAGUUGGCAUGGAAGCAGUACUUCAGCUUCCUGGAUGGUUAUAGUGGUUACUUCCAGAUCGCGGUGAAUCCGGAAGACCAAGAGAAGACGACGUUCACCUGCCCUUUCGGCACAUACGCUUACAGGAGGAUGUCAUUUGACCUCUGGCAUGUGGUGUCGAGCAGGGGAAUAGAGGUCGAUCAAGCGAAGAUAGUUGUCAUUGCAAAACUCCCGUAUCCCACUAACCAGAAGGAGAUCAGAGCCUUUUUAGGCCACGCUGGGUUUUAUAGAAGAUUUAUCAAAGAUUUCACAAAGACAGCCCAGCCCCUGACGAGGCUGCUCCAGAAUGAGGUGGAGUUUGAAUUCUCCAAUAACUGCAAGGUCGCAUUCCAGCUGCUAAAAGAUAGACUGAUAAGCUCUCCAAUUAUACGCGCCCCCGACUGGAGUAAACCCUUUGAGGUGAUGUGCGACGCCAGUGACUAUGCUGUGGGGGCAGUGUUAGGUCAGAAGAUUGAAGGAAAGAGUUACGUAAUCUUCUAUGCUUCCAAAACUCUAAAUCAAGCACAGAAGAAUUACGACACGACCGAAAAGGAGAUGCUAUCGGUGGUCUACGCCUUUGAAAUGUUCAGGCCUUAUCUGCUAGGCUCGAAGGUGAUUGUGUAUACUGACCAUGCGGCCAUUAAAUACCUACUAGCAAAGAAGGAAUCAAAGCCGCGACUUAUUAGAUGGGUCCUCCUCUUACAAGAAUUUGACUGGGAGGCGGUCGAUAAAAAGGGGAGCGAGAACAGAGUAGCAGAUCAUUUGAGCCGAAUCUUGCAAAAAGACGACGAGGAAGCCAUCUCUGACGCUUUCCCUGAAGAGCAUCUCUAUCUGAUAAAGUCGACAUCUGAAUGUCAGUGGAUCAACCGGGUAGAGAGGGUUGAUCAAGCCAACCAAGGAAAGGGACAACACACGCAGAGGGAGCCAUGGUUUGCUGACAUGGCCAAUUAUUUGGUAACGGGUGAGUUGCCCGGAAGUGAAGAGAUUACGAGAGCCCAGAGGCUGAAACUCAAGAGCGACUCCUGA